ACUAUCUCGCUAUUGUAAUAAGAGAGGACCAGCGUUCAGUGCAGCAUUGAUCACGCCCAUUCAUUCGGCAUUCAGUCAAAUUUCUCUCGCUCCUUCCCAAGGAAGGGAGUUUUCUUUCCAAGCAACAAUAGAGUAUCUCACAAGGAAGAGCCUGUGUGUCUUCAUGUAUCCUCGCUCACCCAACUGCAUCGCAAACUCGAAGACGAAAUGACGACUUCAAGUUUCAUGGGUCUGCCAGUUGAGAUGCGUCUCCAAAUCUGGAACUACAUUCUUAAAAUCCCUCGAGUUGUUACGAUCGACUACGAUCCCAACUCUGAAGACUUCACAAGAGCUAAGCUACAUCAGACGACCCCAGUCCUCCUACACGUCUGUCGAGAGUCAAGAGCCCUUGCUUUUCCACGAUAUGGCUCCGUUUUUACCCCGACAAAUGGAAGAGAGUACACUGGCUGCAGAGGUCUCAACGUCAUUGAAAGACUUCUACAUCUCCUUACGAUCGAUGGACCAGCCACUGCAAGAGAAAAACGCGACGCCUGAUCACAGUACAUUGCCUCCAAUAAGGACAUCCAGGCAUUUCCAAAAUACGUUUGGGAUAUUUAUAGGGAUGCCAUUUACGAAUUAUGGUUCGACCAAACCCAAGAUACACUUCUCGUUGACGUUCUACCGCAGACAGACAAUCCUCUAGAAACCAACCCUCGUCGUUGUGAUGAUGCCUCCGAUCCUGUGGACGUAUGGGACCCUUGGGGACCA